AUGUCGAGCGUCGCUGAGAUUGAGCAGCUGCUUGCGGCGACGCGAAAGUCACUGGCGAUUCCCCCGCGAAACGCGUAUGAGGCGGAAAACGCCUACAUAUCCAACGUGGAGCGGCUCAAGGAGGCGCGACAGAAGCUUGGCCGCUUCAGUGGCGAUUACGUGGAGCGACUGCUGGGUGAGAUGGACAAGCUGGAGCAGGAAGUGAAUGCGGCGGUACUCAAGCAGUGCAACCCGGUGGAUGUGCUACUAGAGGUGGACUUUGCUGCAGAGGAGGAGGAGAAGGACGAAGACGAGGUGGAGGCGGUGAAGCGGGAGAUGGAGAAGAAGCGUGAAGGGAAGAAGAAGCAGGGAGGACGCAAACCAAAAAGCAAGAAAGUCCAGCACAGGGCAGGAAGUCCCGAGGCAGACGCAGUAGAAAAUGAACCGCACCAACCGCAACCACCAAUGCAACAACAACAACGGCAGAAGGAAGAAGAAGAAUAUGAGAAGAAAACUGCAGAGGUUGAGGCCAUCGUGGUUGCGAGGUAUGCCGACUGCAAUAGCAGUGAGAUACCACAAGAAGCCAUUGGGCCGGGGCGGUGUGCGUUGAUUCCGAACUCGCCAUUGGUUCAAUUAAAUUUUGCGACACCCGUGGAAUACGAUGGGCAUCCCUGCCUGUGUCGCGUGAUUGUACAUCGCGCAGUUGUGAUUGCCCUCGCGUAUGGUGAGCCUGUAGCGGGGGUCAUCAAUGUGGCGUCGGAGGGAGGUCUCUCUCCCACUGAAGCCGCGGAAGAGCCACAGGAUUCCGUGGGCGCGUUAGUCGAGAGUGCUGAGAAGGUGGUGGAAGACGAUGUUGUUGUUGAGUCUGAUGAGGAAUCCCUCACGGUUGGGUUUUCGAAACAGUUGAUCGCAGAAUACGACGCCCUGUUGGAAGAAGAAGAGGAGGAAGAAGAAAGCAGUGCCAAGUUGCUGCCGACGGAUGUGCCGACCAGGCUGCGCACCUCGUUACGCUCCCUCACCUUUCUGCCGUGGGUUAUUCUCAUGUGUCACGGCGGUUACUUUGCUGGUGGGGUAUUUGUCGACGGAAAGCCUGUGGCUCACAAGGCGUUCCAGCGCUACGUGGUGCGCAAGAAGCAGGGCGGGAAACAGUCAUCGAAUGAGAAGGAAGGAGGAAGCUACGGCAGCAUUGGCUCCCAGAUACGUCGGGCGCAGGAAAUAAAAUGGAGACUUGAGGUUCGGGACAUUCUGUUGAAGUGGCGCAGCUACAUCAACGCGGCAGCAGUCGUUUUAUACGUCGCCCCUGGGCCGCAGAACCGCGGCGUGCUGACAGAUUUUUCGAGUUUGCCAGCCAUAACAACGGAGAAUGGCGAGCGGGCAGUGUCGCCAGUCAAUUUGAAGGACCCCCGUGUGCGCAAGGCGCCGCUGACCACGCACCGUCCGUCCUUUCAGGAAGUUCAACGCACAUACAAAACUGUGUCUACCUGCACUGUCGAGUAUGUGAAGUACAUGGAAUAA